AUGAAGUCUUGGUAUUUAAUUAUCGGAAUUUUAAGUUUAGCCAAAUGUCUGAACUGUCAGUAUUCCUAUGUCUAUGAGAUCAGACACGACAGUCCAAAGACGAAUCCUAAAUCGGAAAUGUUUGGCGAUUUGUCUCAAUACAAACACAACAGUCCGGCUGAGUUAUCUCGACCUCCGCCACCGUCUCAACCGAUGCCUAUGCGUUCACAUCAACCAAAUAGUAGAAAAUUUAACGUUAAAUCGCCAGAAAUGGGUUCAACUAUUCUGAAUCUACUAAAACAUCAAUUGCUGGAAAAGGAUUCUCCAACCAAUCAAUGGCAGCCGCCUUCACCUAAAUAUGCUCCCAGUCCUGUAAAUACAUUGUCUUACGGAAGUGACACAAACUCACCCAUCUAUACAUCACAGCCGUCCUCCCAAAAGCCAUACGAUGAGCCAAAUCUGAUCCCAGUUUAUGAAGAAAAACACUCGAAUAUUCCCAAAGGAUAUCCUAGUGUUGAACACUCUCGACCUUCAUAUUCUCGAGAAGAGCACAGAAGCUAUGAUCGUCCGGUCGGACCUCAGAUGGGAUACUUACAGCCACCGCCGCCACCACCUCCAGCAUCUGCACCACAUGCACAGCAAUUGAACAAAAAUGAAAGACAAACUGUUCAUCAAAUUUCAACACCAAACUAUAGAAUCAAACUGGUCUCAGAACCGGAACCUCUACAAAAAUUCAUGCCAUUUUUGCACUCGCAAUCACAUUCCCAGCCAUUGACACCCGCUUAUCCAUUGCCACCACCACCUCCACAUUCCGUUCCAAAUUAUGCUCCACCACCACCUCCUUACCACAACCCACACCUAAUUAUGUCUAAAGAGCCAAUUGAACAAAGAGAACCAAUACAUUCACGACAAGUCAAACAACAGCCCUACAUAUUGGAACGCAUUGUUGAAAGUCGUCGACAGGAACCAGUAGUUCAUACCAUUAGUCAGGGACAGCCUGAAGAACACAAACAUAUGGCUCCCAAAUCCAUACCCCGUCCACCAAUUCACGAAACACGAGAGAUGUUGCCACCAAUGAUGCACAACGAACCACAACAACAUAUGCCUCAACCUAUAUUAGAAAUGCCCCGACAAGAGCUGCCACCACAAGCAAGACAUUUCAACAGACCUAUUGCUCAGUUACCUCCACCAGAGCCACAUCCGCUGCGUCACAAUAUUAUUCAAGCACCGGUACCACCGCUUAAAUAUGACCAACCAAUUGGAUCUGUAUCACAUCCACAAGCACUAUACCAACUCUCAGCACCAGACUUAUCUCAUGGCCGACCGGCACAAAUGCCACCGAUGCCACACUACGGCCGCGUUGACUACAAAGAGUCAGACGGAGAGUCUGGACCUACCACUUAUGUCAAGGAACUGCCUGUUUCUGUCUAUCGGUUGGAUGAAAGACUAAACAAAGGCGACUAUCGGUUGGAUGAGAGACCAAACAAAGGGGACUAUCGGUUGGAUGAGAGACCAAACAAAAGCGACUAUCGGUUGGAUGAAAGACCAAACAAAGGCAAUGAUAUCAUAACACUGAACCAGCAAAUCGAGAAACUGAAUCCCGAUCAGCAAAACAAAUUGUUCCGAGAAUUGUUGGCCAAAUCGGUUGAUAUGACACCAAACGGACACAUCGAGUAUUCUAAUUCGGACAGUAGUUCGACAAAGUUGGUCACCGAUCCGGGAUAUAAAUCACCGCCAAUUCCCGAUGAAUACAAACCUUUUGUUCAAACAAAAGUUUACAAAACCUAUAUCUAA